UGGGCAGUCCCUUGGCUCCGCCCCAUCUGGGAACCUGUGCGCGGUUUCGCCUCUGAAAUGAGGGAACGACAAGGAGGACAACCAAGGAAAUAAGGUGACUCCAGAAAACACUAUUUUCAUGCAAGGUUUGCAAUCUGAUCUGCAAGCCCAUGGCCCUUCAUCUUCCUCAUGUCACAUGGUGCAGCCUUCCAACGCCGCGCUGAGCCAGCUAGCCAGCCGCACCGGUAUGACUCCGUCCCCCGAGAGACCCCGCCCCGCUACUACGACCCCGGCCCCCUGAGGGACCGCCAGACGCCCCCGCCACUAGCCGCCAGCGCCGACCCCCUCCCCCCGCCGCCCCUGCCCCACCAGCCCGCCGUCGGCCCCGAAGGGGACCCCGGCGACAGCGAGGGUGACCUGGACCCCCCCGACCCGGCCCUGGACAUCGACCUCAAGCCCGUCCACCGCUUCGUGCCGGACUCCUGGAAGAGCUUCUUCUCCCGGGGCAGCAGCAGCGGCCGCAGCAGCAGCAAGCCCUGGCCCAUGUCCGCCCCGGCCUCCGCCCUCGCCUCGGCCCCGCCCUCCGCCCUCGCCUCGGCCCCGCCCUCCUCCGCCUCCUCCAACAACAACAACUCGAGCGAGGGCGUGCGCUGCUCGCCGCCCCACUCCCCCGUGCCCGGGUCCUACCGCGACCCGUACGGGGGCGGCUCGGGGGGGGCCAGCAGCUACAACUCGCGCCGGGAGCUCCUGGACCCGCGCGGGUCCCUGUCGGGCCAGACGCAGCGCACGGGGAUGACGUACAGCGAGCGCGUGGAGGAGUACCACCAGCGCUACGCCUACAUGAAGUCCUGGGCCGGCCUGCUGCGCAUCCUGGGCUGCGUGGAGCUGCUGCUGGGCGCGGCCGUGUUCGCGUGCGUGUGCGCCUACGUGCACAAGGACAACGAGUGGUUCAACAUGUACGGCUACUCCUCGCCCGGGGGGGGCUACGGCGGCGGAGCGGGGGGGGCGUACGGCGGCUACGGCGGCUACGGCGGCGGCAGCUACUACACGGGGCCCAAGACCCCCUUUGUGCUGGUGGUGGCGGGGCUGGCCUGGCUGGUGACGGUCAUCAUGCUGGUGCUGGGGAUGACCAUGUACUACCGCACCAUCCUGCUGGACUCCCACUGGUGGCCGCUGACCGAGUUCACCAUCAACCUGGCGCUGGCCGUCCUCUACAUGACCGCAGCGAUCAUCUACGUCCGGGACACCACCCGCGGGGGCCUCUGCUCCAACCCGGUGUUCAGCAACCCCAUCAACGGGGCCUUCUGCCGGACAGAGGCGGGCCAGACGGCCGCCAUCAUCUUCCUCUUCCUCACCAUGCUGCUCUACCUGAUCGGCGCCUUGGUCUGUCUGAAGCUGUGGCGCCACGAGGCGGCGCGGCUGUACCGCGAGAAGUACGGCGUCCAGAUGCGGGCAGCUGAGGUGGUUGAUGCCCAUGCCUUGCAAAUCUGUCCAGCACACAUCCAGGUGGACACGCCCACUUGUGAUGUCAAAAAGACGGUGCCCCUGUCGGCGACCAAGCCCCCGGUGCAGGUCUCUGAGAGCACCGUGGUGCCCAUCCUGGUGGGGCCACGCCAAGGGCCCCCCCAGAUCCUGCAGGGGGCCAUCCCGUCCGGACACAUCCCCAAGCCCGUCAUCAUGCCCGACUACAUCGCGAAGUACCCGACCGUCCGCGCGGACGAGGAGCGCGACCAGUACCGCGCCGUGUUCAACGACCAGUACGCAGAGUACAAGGAGCUGCACGCCGAGGUGCAGGCCGCGCUCAAGAGGUUCGACGAGAUGGACGCCAUGAUGCGCACGUUGCCCCAGCAACCCAGCAGCCAGAUGGAGUUGGAUCGCAUCAACAGAAUUCUUCAGGAUUACAAGAAGAAGAAAAAUGACCCGACGUUCCUGGAGAAGAAGGAGCGGUGUGACUACCUUAAGAACAAACUGGCCCACAUCAAGCUGAAGAUCCAGGAGUACGACAAGGUCAUGGAAUGGAACGACGGCUACCCAGCCUACUCCUACUACCCUGACGAUGAGUUCCAACACUUCUACCGCUGGACCUCCCCCCCAGGGAUCAUCAAGAUCAUGUCGGUCAUCGUCAUUGUUCUGUGCCUGGGCAUUUUCGCCUGCGUGGCCUCCACCCUAGCCUGGGACAGCCAGAACGCUAUGUUCGGCGGAGGGGGGUACGGCGCGGGGGGGUACGGCGCUGGCGGUGGGUACGGCGCUGGCGGUAGCUAUGGCGGUGGCACCAGCUAUGGCGGCAGCUACUAUGGCGUGGGCAGUGGCUACGGCUAUGGCGUGGGCAGUGGCUACGGCUACGGUGGCAUCGGCGGCAGCUACAACGACCCCCGCAAGGGCAAAGGCUUCAUGAUUGCCAUGGCAGCCAUCACCUUCAUCUUCGCGAUGGUGGUGUUCAUCAUCAUCGUCUCGCACCAGAGCCUGUGUCAGUCCAGGAGGUUCUACUUGGCGGUGGUGAUCCUGUGCGCCAUCCUGGCGUUGCUGAUGCUCAUCGCGACCAUCGUGUACCUGGUGGCGGUGAACCCCAUGGCGCAGUCGCCCAGCUCCAUGUACGCCAUGCAGAUCCAGGGGCUCUGCGCCCAGUACCAGCAGCCAGCCACGACGGGGGUCUUUGUCAACCAGUACCUCUACCACUACUGUGUGGUCGAGCCCCAGGAGGCGAUCGCCAUUGUCUGCGGGUUCCUGGUGGUGGCGGCGCUGAUCAUCAUGCUGGUGUUUGCUCUGAAGACCCGCCAGAAGAUCCGCGGCUACGGGAAGAGCAACAUCCUGUGGAAGAAGAUUAAGGUGGUGGACGACCUGGCCCCCCCUGGGGACGUGGAGGCCUGGGACCCGACGUUCCUGGAGAAGAAGGAGCGGUGUGACUACCUUAAGAACAAACUGGCCCACAUCAAGCUGAAGAUCCAGGAGACGAAACGAGACGCGAGGAGCUCGACAAUACGAGGAAUGUCCUCCAGGCCAAACGGGAGUCCGCCUCCCUACGAAUCAGAAAACGCAUAUCCGCCCCCCACUGUCCAGCCAGCCUACUCCUACUACCCUGACGAUGAGUUCCAACACUUCUACCGCUGGACCUCCCCCCCAGGGAUCAUCAAGAUCAUGUCGGUCAUCGUCAUUGUAUUGUGCCUGGGCAUUUUCGCCUGCGUGGCCUCCACCCUAGCCUGGGACAGCCAGAACGCUAUGUCCGGGUUCGGCGGAGGGGGGUACGGCACUGGCGGUGGGUACGGCGCUGGCGGUAGCUAUGGCGGUGGCACCAGCUAUGGUGGCAGCUACGGUGGCGCCGGCGGAGGCUAUGGCGCGGGCAGUGGCUACGGCUACGGUGGCAUCGGCGGCGGCUACAACGACCCCCGCAAGGGCAAAGGCUUCAUGAUUGCCAUGGCAGCCAUCACCUUCAUCUUCGCGAUGGUGGUGUUCAUCAUCAUCGUCUCGCACCAGAGCCUGUGUCAGUCCAGGAGGUUCUACCUGGCGGUGGUGAUCCUGUGCGCCAUCCUGGCGUUGCUGAUGCUCAUCGCGACCAUCGUGUACCUGGUGGCGGUGAACCCCAUGGCGCAGUCGUCCAGCUCCAUGUACGCCAUGCAGAUCCAGGGGCUCUGCGCCCAGUACCAGCAGCCGGCCACGGGGGGGGUCUUUGUCAACCAGUACCUCUACCACUACUGUGUGGUCGAGCCCCAGGAGGCGAUCGCCAUUGUCUGCGGGUUCCUGGUGGUGGCGGCGCUGAUCAUCAUGCUGGUGUUCGCUCUGAAGACCCGCCAGAAGAUCCGCGGCUACGGGAAGAGCAACAUCCUGUGGAAGAAGAUUAAGGUGGUGGACGACCUGGCCCCCCCUGGGGACGUGGAGGCCUGGGUGAACAACGUGUCCGCUCUCCCAGAAGAGGAGCCCAUGUCUGAUUACCCAAUGAAGCCGGCCGGCUUGAGGGAAUACCUGGACGACUCCAGCUCCUACGUCAAGCCCCCCAACGACUACAGCUCUGUGCCCCGGUUGGACGAGGACUUUCUUGCCAGCAACAGCGCGGCUCCGUACAGCAGCAUCUCCGAGCCGGCCAGCUCCACCGCCAAGCCCAAGAAGAGGCGCCCUCGCCGGGCACGCCAGCCCGACGGACAGACGUACGAGACGGACUACAACUCCUCGGGAGACGAGCUGGACGACGACGACUAUGACAGCGAGUUCCCCCGCAUCACCAACGUGGACACUCGCAUUGCAUACAAGCAGGAGUUUGACCGCGACCAUCAGGAAUACAAGGACCUCCAGGCCGAGUUGGACAGCGUCAACAGGAAGCUGUCGGACGUGGACAAGGAGCUGGACGACCUGCAGCCUGGCAGCCCCCAGUUUCUGGAUGCACUGGAUGAGUACAACAAGCUGAAGGACUAUAAGAAGUCUGCAGACUACCAGAUGAAGAAGCGGAGGUCUAAGUAUCUGAAGGGGAAGCUGAACCACAUCAAGAGGAUGGUGAGCGACUACGACCGUGCCUGAACAGAGCCCCUCUCCUCCCCCCACCAGUCCCAUCUUGUGGUGCUCUCCUCCCAGCCAGGGGCCUCUCUCUCUGCUGUGCUCUGUCCCAGCCAGGGGCCUCUCUCUCUGCUGUGCUCUGUCCCAGCCAGGGGCCUCUCUCUCUGCUGUGCUCUGUCCCUUAGGAUCUCUAAGCUGGGAAUCAACCAACCACGCAGAGUUUUGAGCCAAUUUUAAAAAGCCAACGAACAGGAAGCUGUUGGCUAAGCUGGAUGACUUUUACUUGAUGGACGCUGCGGGGAAUGUGUCCUCACUAUACACAUGUUGAUUUUACUCUUAACUUACUUUAUUUUUUUAUUUUUUGUGAUGAUCUUUUAAGCUCAGCCAGCGUCCUGGUCGAGUGCAAAACAUGUAAAUAUUUGGGAAGCAUUUUUUAUGUCAUUGUCGUGUCGUCAUAUGAAAUGUUUUUAUGGUACAUGAGAAAAGUCAACCUCGGCUCUUAAUAGUUUUUAAACUUCUUUUAUGAUGUGUUAUGUCUUUUUUUUAAUUAUAAUAAAUAAUGAAAGGACA